AUGGUAUUCGCUGUUUUAAAAUUCUUGUCGGAUUCCUUUCCGUGCUUGGUUGGUAACUUGGCUUCCGCCCCAAUUUUUGGUCAUCUUUACAUUGACUGUUCCAUUGAUUUGAAGAACAGGGAUGAAGAGAAGAAGGAGAAUGAAAGCAGUAGGUCUUCUGAUGAUGAGGUGACGCUUUCUGCAUUGCUGAACUUCAUUGAUGGGUUGUGGUCGACGAGUGGCGAGGAGAGGAUCAUUGUUUUUACUACUAAUUAUAAAGAAAGGCUUGAUCCUGCAUUGCUGAGACCUGGAAGGAUGGAUAUGCAUGUACAUAUGGGUUACUGUGGGCCGAAUAGUUUUAGGGUUUUGGCUUCGAAUUACCAUGCCGUUGAGGAGCAUCCCAUGUUUGAGGAGAUUGAAGGGUUGUUGAAGGAGGUGGAGGCGACGCCCGCUGAAGUGGCUGAGCAGUUGAUGAGAAGCGAUGAUGUUGAUAUUGCUUUGGAAGGGCUGGCACAGCUGCUGCGAACGAAGAAGAAUGGUAGGAGAGACGUGCCGAGUGGAGAAGAAGAUAAAGAUGAAAAGGUCGUAGCUGCGGAGAAAGGAGGAGUUGAGAGUAGAAUGGAAGAUCAAGGAACUGAAAAAGUUGAUGUUGGAGAUUCAAAUUGUUGAGCGGAUGAGUACUCUGUAAUCUAUUUUUCCUUCUAUUGAUUUUCUGCUAAAGCGAUUGUAAGAUCCGAUUGUUGAGACUAAUAAAAUGGUUAUUAUUUCUA